GAAGGAAAGAGAAGAGUUAAAAAUGACUCCAAAUAUGUUGCCUUGAAAAAUGGAUGAUGAUGGUGUUGUUCUGCCAGCCCUUGAUAGGGAUCAGGUCCUAGGAUGCAGGCUGAAUCAUAACCAGCUUUGGUAUUCCUGAGUGGGUGGCAGAAUCAGCAAAAGCGCCCACCCCAGUCCAAACCAGUUCCCACUACAAGGGGACCUCCUCCCCACAGAGGGUCGGCUUGCGAAUAACUGUGUCCAGGCCAGGAAGAAGUGCCUGGCCGAUCCCGCCUGCAGUGCUGCCUACCUACACCUGAAUUCCUGCAUGUCGAGUGUAAGUACCCCCUCAUCCGCAGAGGAGCCGUGGGUCCCUGCAGACUGUGUGGAGGCAGCACAGCUCCUGAGGAACAGCUCUCUGACGCGCUGCACCUGCCACAGGCGCAUGAAGAACCGAGCUGCCUGCCUGGACAUCUACUGGGCCGUUCACCCUGCCCGCAGCCUCGGUGACUACGAGCUAGAUGUCUCCCUCUAUGAAGACACAGCGACCAGAAAACCCUGGAAAAUGAAUCUCAGCAAACUGAACAUGCUCAAACCAGACUCGGAUCUCUGCCUCAAGUUCGCCAUGCUGUGCACGCUCAAUGACAAGUGUGACCGGCUGCGCAAGGCCUACGGGGAGGCAUGCUCGGGGUCCCGCUGCCAGCGCCACACCUGCCUGGGGCAGCUCCGCGCCUUCUUCGAGAAGGCGUCAGAGCCCCACGCGCAGGGCCUGCUGCUGUGCCCGUGCGCGCCCGCCGACCAGGGCUGCGGGCAGCGCCGGCGCAACACCAUCGCCCCCAGCUGCGCGCUGCCGCCUGGGGCCCCCAACUGCCUGGAGCUGCGGCGCCUGUGCCUCUCGGACCCGCUGUGCAGAUCACGCCUGGCAGAUUUUCAGACCCACUGCCAUCCCAUGGACAUCCUAGGGACCUGUGCCACAGAGCAGUCCAGAUGUCUGCGAGCCUACAUGGGGCUGAUUGGGACUGCCGUGACUCCCAACUUUGUCAGCAGUAUCAACACCAGUGUUGCCUUAAGCUGCACCUGCCGAGGCAGUGGCAACCUGCAGGAGGAGUGUGAGCGGUUGGAGGGGUCCUUCUCCCACAACCCCUGCCUCGCGGAGGCCAUCGCGGCGAAGAUGCGUUUCCAUAGCCAGCUCUUCUCCCGGGACCAGGCAGACUCUGCCCUUCCCGUGAUGGAACACCAGAACAAAAACCCUGCUGUGAGGCCUCAGACCUGGGUGCCCUGUGGUUUCUCUUACAUGCUCACCUUCAUUCUGCUCUGGAGCCUCUGGUAGCUGCACUUUCCCGGGGACCCUCUUCCCUUCUACCACACCCAGCCUGACCUGCAGCCCGCAAGGGGUGAGGAAAGGAUAGCAUCGGGAAGGGGGUGCAGUAAACAGUGUGGCAACCUUGACCCCAACCCACAUAACUUGUCAACUCCAGAUGAGGCCACAGUAGAAGCAACUAGCUGAGUUCUCAUUCCCUCCACUUCUGACUUAGGCUGCCUCUCCUUAGCACUCAGUGACCAUGGAGCAGCCACCU